CCUUUUGGGUGAAAUAGUGAAGAAUCUUUCCAAGAUGGCCGUCCCAGACCCGAAACAGAGACUGAAAUUUAUGAUGCUGUCAGCGCAUGACACUACUGUAGCUGCUCUCCAGGCCAGCUUGAAUGUGUUCAAUGGAAAACAGCCGCCGUAUGCCUCCUGCCAAAUAUUUGAACUGUACCGGGAUGAAAACGGCUCUGCUUCGGUGUCGCUGUUUUACCGGAAUGACAGCACAGUGGAGCCGUACCCUCUGCAGCUACCAGGCUGCUCCCUCGACUGCCCCCUAAAUGAGUUUGUGAAGAUUACAAAGUCCUCGAUUUCAGAAGACAGGAAGAAGGAGUGUCAGGUUCCUUCAGAAGGGAGAGAUACAGAAGUGAUCAUCAGCCUGGCGGUGUCCGGCUGUCUGCUCCUUCUCCUCAUCGCCCUCCUCCUCGGCGUUAUUUGCUGGCAGAAGGAGCCAAUGAGCAACCGGGGAUACCACCACGUGAUUAACCAGGAAGUCGGAGAGGAAUCCUGACAGAAGCACCAACUCCUGCUGCGGAGAUCUACAAACCUCGCUGAGUCUUGGGACAGCAGCGAUGACGAUGAACUGUAAAACUCCUGAGAGACCUGUUUGAUGUUCAGUUCUGGACCCACAAUGAGUAGAUUUUAUUUUUUAUUUUCAAACAGCGAGUUUUUAUCCAAAAUGACCCGUUCCUGUCGGGUCAGAGGGAAAAAGUUAAGAUUUUUAAGACUCUUUUAAAACCAGUUUCAUCAUCAUUUACAUGAGUAGUGAUGAGUGAGACAUUGUUAAAGGGACCAGGACUGAUUUCUACAUUAGCUGAUCUCUAAUCAGCCAAAUGAGUUUAUAAUUUCAACAAAUAUGACCCAGAUCUCUGCUCGGAAAGACACUGUGUUUGUUGUUCAGUCUGGGUUUGUUUAACGCUGCGUUUUGUGACUUGAACGGCUGCAGAAAAGUUUGGAAAGACAAACAUAGUUGUGAUUUUAAAUAAUAUAAUUAUGGUCUGGAAACAUGAUGGGGAAAUGAUGAGUUGUUGGUUAUCUCAUUUCAAAUUCUUUAACAGACAAAUUCUUAUUUUUUAGUGUUUUGCAUAAUGUCUUUCCCCCUUGGACUUUUCUUAAAAACAUGUAGCACAAAAAAAA